GCAAACUUAUCUUGGUCUGACUUUACGCAAAAACUCUGUCUAUAAAUCGAUGGAUAUAGUUUGUUACCAUUUCACACUGGCAACAUAUUACUGGGCUGGCAGUUUUUACCCGAAACAUAAAAAAUGAUACGUAACAUAAGUCAAUGUGUUAUAUAAUAAUGAGAGUAGGUAUCGCGGUAUUUCUGUUGCCGCAGGUAGGAAACUCAUUUCGAAUUGGCGAUUUCCAACAAUAAAAGUUAUACACCCUACUUUUAUUCCACCAUUGAGAGGAAAAGAAAUGGACGGCGACUACGGAAACAGUGAUUUCGAUGAAAAUAUAGAAAUUAUGGAACUUGGUGAUUCUCGAUACAGCACAAGUUUUCAUGUUUCCAAGAAAUAUUUUGGGUUAAUAAUAGGAACUCAACAACAGACGAAAGACAAAAUUGAGCAAGACACCAAAACGGAACUGAAGAUACCUGGACAUGGUCAAGAUGGAGAUAUCACUAUACUGGGACCUACUGCUGCUAAUGUGAAAGCCGCAAGACAGCAAAUUAACAUGAUUGUUGUAUCGUCGCGUAUGAAACAGAGGCCUACGCACUUCAUUUCAAUACCUAUGAAUAAGCCGGACAUCAUGGAAAAUUUUACACGAUUUCAGGAAGCUGUCCUUCGUGAUUGUCAGAAUCGUGGGUUACAUGAAUCUAUCUUUAUUAAGCCCAGCAAAAUACAUCUAACCGUAGGAGUUACGUGUUUAACGGAUAAUCAGGAAAGGGUUUUUGCUUCGAACUUGCUUACAGAGGCUAAGGAGAAAGUUAUAAUCCCGUUGCUUGAAGAUCAUUUGCCUCUAAAAAUUCGAAUCAAGGGCUUGUCCUACAUGGGUAAUAACUCCGGAAAUAUGAACGUUCUUUACGCUAAAAUUGAAGAACAUGAGUCCACGCCUGGUAUCCUUCAACAGUUAGCUGAUAAAAUUGUAGAUUUUUACAGCAGGAAAGGUUUAAUGAAUAAAAACGAAUUUGGCCGAGACAGCAUCAAAUUGCAUGUAACGCUCUUGAACACCAAGUAUAGGAGCAAAUCAUCUCAAGACAUCCGAGCAAAAAAUAAAAGGAUCCCAUUCGACGGUGCGGACAUAGGUACUUGAUAAGUUCGGUGACUUCGAUUUCGGUGUGUUAGAAGUGACUGAAAUUCAUUUGUCUCAAAGAAGUACUUUCGGGCCCGAUGGGUAUUAUGAACCUACUUUCAAAAUAUCUAUUCCUUAAUACAGGUGACCUAAUAAUUUAUCAUAUCAUGUUUGGUUGUGGAAACGAAAUUGACUUAGAACAGUGCAAUAUUAUUAAAAGUAUAUUUAAAUUUUAUUUUAUGAAUUUAUUUAAGGGAAUGGGAAUAAAUGAAAUAUUAUUAAAAUAAUCUAAAA